AUGCCACCGCAUAGAAUGGAUAGAAGGUCUGCUAGAAUAAAAGCAGAGUUAGAAAGAUAUGGCUGGAGAGUUUCAAAGAAGUUUAAAUAUAGGAAGGGAAGACCCAUAAAAGUCUAUGACAAACUGGCUGGUCUGACCUACGAGAUGGACUUAGAAACAGCGCGCGCCAAUUAUCCAAACAGACUUGAGAGGUUAGAAGAAGAACGGCUUAUGGACAUGCCUUUCAAUGUUAAUGAACCUCAAGUUGAAGGACACGACGGCUUUGCCAGAUUUUACUGGAAACAUGACGAACAAUUGCAUCCUUUGAGGAGGAAAAAAGGAAAAGGUGAAGACGCACAUGCCCCCAUGGAAAGAACAAGAUAUGCAUAUGAAAAGUAUCGCGAGGUUAGAAGUAAAAUUGGUUCAGGUCGAACCUUUACAGUAAACUUUGACGAAGGAAAGAACAAAGAAGGCUUCAUGGGUGUACUUGCUGCAAUUCAAGACGGAAAUAAGAAAGGACACAACCUGAGAUUAACCGUAACAGAUUUGGACGGUCAUAUAUACUAUGCGCAUGGCAAUGUCACAACAGCCGCACAACUUCUUGACGCUUUCAAGACUACAAAGAGAGAACAAAUGUUUGACUCCGACUCAGAUAUUUUGAAUGCGAUUGAAGGAAUUGCAAGCGUGAAGUUUGAAUGGUACCAACCCAACCCUCAAGCAGUCAGACAACAUGCUGGAUACUUCCCGUUCAGAAAUAAGUCUGACAUUGACUUGACAAGGUAUGGAAUUUACAAUUCAAUUGAAAAAAUUGUCAACGAACCUUGUAUUCUUACAUGUCUCAGGAACUCUGGUCUUGUUACAGAAGAGAAGAUGAAGUAUCUUGAGUCAUGUGUGAAGACAAGGUACAUUCUCAGAGGUCAAUUGGCUAAAAUUGCACCGUUGGCAAAUGUCAAUAUCCGAGUCAACAUUCCGACUGAGAAAGGUUCUUCACAUGACGACUAUGUUGUUGACAAAGACUUACCAUGGUUGAAGAUUGUAAUUGUCCACAACCACUUCAUGUUGAACGAAAGUCUUAUGUUCGGAAAAGGCAAGUGCAACAUUGUCAGAGCUGUUAACAUUCUUUUCGAGAAAGGUUUGUUGGAACCGAUUCCAGAUGACAAGCUGACAGAAAGUUUUGUACCAAAAGACGAAACAAACUUUUCACUGUUAGCAAGACCAAAAGUUGUUCCAGACAAAGUUCUAGUACAAAAGAAGUACACAGUUCCAAAAGGAGUUGGAUUGUUCGGAUACCAACCUGAACCAGAAGAACUUCCAAUGAGGUUGCAAGAACUUCAAGAUGCUAUAAAC